AUGCUGCGUCAGUUAAACCCCACCACCCCAAAGAUUUAUGGGCUACCUAAGAUCCAUAAAAACGACUGGCCCCUGAGACCCAUUGUGAGCCAGAUAGAUUCACCCACGUACAAGGCGUCCCGUUUCUUGUCGGGACUCUUGCAACCUCUAACGGGUAAAACGUCCAGUUUCGUACGAAACUCUACACAUUUUGUGCAGCUACUUGAAGGCGUUACGUUGCAAGAGGACGAGUUGAUGGUGAGUUUCGAUGUAGCCUCCUUAUUUACGAAUGUGCCGGUAGCGGAAACGAUUGAGAUUAUAAAACGAAUGGCAAGCCGCGACGACUCACUCGCCGAGUACAUGAGGCUGAUCGAGUUUUGCCUCACCAGUGGAUACUUUGUGUGGCGGGGGGAACACUACCUGCAAAUAGAAGGGGUAGCAAUGGGUUCUCCGAUAGCACCAGUGGUGGCCAAUAUUUUUAUGGAGGAUUUUGAGCAAAGGGCUUUGGAGAGUUGCCCACAUAGACCCAGACUGUGGCUGCGAUAUGUGGACGACGUGUUUGCUGUGGUGCCACACAAGGAUCUGGACCCGUUACUCGAACAUCUGAACGCGCGGCAUGCCAAGAUUAAGUUCACCAUUGAGAGGGAGUGCAAUGGGGCACUCCCGUUUCUGGAUGUCUUGGUGCAGCGGGACGAGCAUGGCCGGUUGACUCAUAAAGUGUAUCGGAAGCCCACACACACUGAGCGGUACCUGCAAGCUGACUCACACCAUCACCCCGCACAUUUGUCUUCGGUUCCACGCGCGCUCAUCAAUAGGGCUUUACGGCUAUGUGACCCGCAGUACGUGCAAGAGGAGCUGCAGCAUGUAAGGCAGGUAUUAGAGAGCAAUGGGUACAAUUGGAGACAGAGUCAGCGAGCAGCAAGUACGGGUACAUUAAGGCAAGUACAAACGGUCGAGAGAGCACCUGUCGUCUUGCCUUUUAUUAAGGGGAUAACGGAUAGAAUUGGACGCCUAUUACGCCGAAGUUUGAGCAUUAGGACAAUCUUCCGACCCCAUACCAAAGUCAGGCAGUUGCUGCGCUCUCCAAAGGACAAGGACCCGCUGGGGAGCCCGGGGAUUCCUUCAAUUAAUGCGAGUACGAAGCGAUGGCUGCCGCGUGCCGCUUACGGAGCGCGCGCGCGGCAGUUCGAUCGGUCCCCGACGCUCGAUUGCACACUCGCGUGUAUCACACAGAGUCUCAACCGACCUGCAGCCGUAAAUAGUGCUCGUGUAAGAUCUACUGAAACGCGGAUCCUUCGUGUCAGUGGCACGGAGCCGUCCGCCCUCGAGCCGCCGUACCGUGCGUGCGACAACUCGCGACCACCUCGCAGCCGCCUGCGCUGA